ACCAUCCUCCCUUCAGAAGUUCAGCCCUGGAACUUCAUCCAAUACCGGGAGGCUGAGGGUCCCCGAGGACUUUGCAGCCGACUCCAUGAGUUUUGCAGGCGAUGGCUGAGACCAGAAAAGCACACCAAAGCCCACAUGCUGGACCUGGUGGUUCUGCAGCAUCUCCUGUUCCUUCUGCCCCCAGAGAUGGAGGGCUGGGUGCGAGAGUGUGGAGCAGAGACCAGCUCUCAGGCCGUGGCCCUUGCGGAAGGCUUCCUCUUGAGCCAGGUGGAGGAGCAGAAGGAGCAGGUCCAGUUGCAGUGCUGCACUGUGGAGAUCAGAGAUCCUGAGGGAAAGAAGAUCCCAUCAAAUCCCCCCCAGGAGCUAUUUUUCAGGAGGAUCCCUUUGGAAGAUCCAAGUCAGGACACCUCAGAAGAGAAACAAAGAAUGAAGCUUUCUGGUUUUUAUGACGGAGCUCAAACAGCGAUUGAACCUCCAAAUCAAGAGAGUCUUGUGUCCUUCGAGGAGGUGGCUGUGUCUUUCUCUGAGGAGGAAUGGUCUCAGCUGGAUCCUGACCAGAAAGCGCUGCAUUUGGAAGUCAUGCUUGAAAACCAUAGGAAUGUGGUCUCUCUGGGCAAUAAUGGGCAGGAGAAUCAAGAUUCCUGUGAACUGUUCCAAGUGAUCAAUGCUAAAGAUGUAAGGGAGAAGUUUGGAAUUCGAAUGGAAUUCAAAAGCCAUGAGAGAAACCAGUCAAAGAAUUGGAAUCAGGAAAGCUCAUCUUCCACUGAUGCUCCAAUGCAAGACUUUCUUGCCCAACAAGAGAAACUAAGGGAAAAAUAUAGUGGGAAAAGUGUGAAUCUAAUCAAAGCUAAAGUACAAGUAAAUGAACACUAUUUAACCCAGAACAAAGGAGAAGAUGCUAUAAGAAGACACAAUGGACAAAAUUACAAUGGGAUAUUCAUUCUUAUUCUUGGGAAUACGUUUCUUACAUCUCAAAAAGUGAUUGACAAAAAAGAGAAGCCUUAUAAAUGUUUGGAAUGUGGAAAAUGUUUUAGAAGAAACGGGCAACGUAUUGUCCAUAACAGGAUUCACACAGGGGAGAAACCAUUUAAAUGCAUGGAGUGUGGAAAGACCUUUGCUCAUAGCAGUACACUUACUUCCCAUAAGAUGAUCCACACAGGGGAGAAACCGUAUAAAUGCAUGGAAUGUGAAAAGGCGUUUGCUCUGAGCAGUAGACUUGCUACCCACAAAAAGAUCCACAUGAAGGAAAAGCCAUUUAAAUGCAUGGAGUGUGGAAAGACCUUUGCUCAAAGAAGUAAUUUUACUUCCCAUAAGAUGAUCCACACGGGGGAGAAGCCGUAUAAAUGCAUGGAGUGUGGAAAGAGGUUUACUCAGAGGAGUGGACUUAGAAACCACAAAGAGAUCCACUCAGGAGAAAUGCCAUAUAAAUGCAUGGAGUGUGGAAAGACCUUUGCGCAAAGAAAUCAUCUUAUUUCCCAUAAGGUGAUCCACACAGGGGAGAAGUCGUAUAAGUGUACGGAGUGUGGAAAGAUGUUUACUCGUGGCAGUGAACUUAGAAGACACAGAAAGAUUCACUCAGGAGAAAAGCUGUAUAAAUGCAUGGAAUGUGGAAAGAGUUUUGCUCAGAAUGGUCCUCUUACUUCUCAUAAAAGGAUCCAUGCUUGGGAGAAACUAUAUAGCAAUAGCAAUUCCAUUUAAAUUUAUAUACUACUCCACAGUGCUUUACCACUUUAUCUCUCAGCAGUUUACAAAGUCAGCAUAUUGUUCCCAGCAAUCUGAGUCCUCAUUUAGCGACCUCAGAAGAUUAAAAGGAUGAACCAAUUACUAAAAGUAAUCUGUAGGUGUUGAAGAUGUUUUCAAUAAAAUGCCAAUU